GGAAGGGAUGGUGGGACGAAAUUUUAGCAUAAAUACCACAACUCUGGUCUCUAUAAUCAUCAGUUCAUUUCUGUACAUAGUCAUCGAACAAUUUGACCAAACAAAUAAAAGAACAUUAAAAUGGCCGCUAAGUUCGUCAUCUUCGCCGCUUGCGUGGCUACCGCUCUCGCCCAAUACUCUGCCCCAGCUUACAAGCCAGCGUACUCUGCGCCCGCUUACUCAGCACCAAAGGCUUACGCCCCAGAGCCCGCAUACGCACCUACACCAUACAACUUCGAAUACAGCGUAAACGACCCACACACCUACGACGUGCACAGCCAAUCCGAAUACAGUGACGGAAACGGUUACGUCAAGGGAUCCUACAGCCUCGUCGAAGCCGACGGCUCAACUCGCACCGUCGAAUACACCGCCGAUGACCACAGCGGUUUCAACGCCGUCGUCAAGAACGAAGGUGGAUACAAGGCCCCAUCAUACUCCGCACCAGCCUACAAGCCAGCUUACUCUGCACCAGCUUACUCUGCACCAGCAUACUCUGCCCCGGCCUACAAGCCAGCUUACAAGCCAGCAUACUAAAUUAUUUAGCCAUGUGAAUCAACCUUUCUUCUUCUUUUAUUUAAUGUUUUCUUUGUGUACCCCUCUGGACCAUCGCGUUCAUAUUGAACCGUGGUUUCAAUAUCAUACCAUGCUGUAUUAAUAUAUAAGACAAUUGGUACGACUUAUGUAUUUAUUGUGUAAAUAUAUAUAACAAUCGUUAUAUUUAUUCAA